AUGACAGACUUCCAUCAUUUUGAUUUGAAAUUCUUGUGUCAUAACUGUGUUGGUGAUAGAAAGAACCUUCUCGAAGGUUUAGACCUAACAAAUAACUGUGAUUCGGAAGAAAAUAUAAAAUGUAUUGAUCUCCACCUUAAUAAUCCAUUAUUUGAUAGAGCAAUCAUUUCCUGCGAGGUCAGAACAUUCUCAAACAUAGUUAGUACUGAACCUUUUGAAAUCAGCGAAUGUUUUUCUUCUGUUGUCGCUCUACUACAAGCACUCAAACUUCUCUUCAAAACUUGA